AUGUUUGUUACCGAUCCGAUCGAUCAAUUCAUGUAUGAUGUGAGGAAUGACACCACAAAUUUUGUUGUUAACUUAGAUGAAAAAACUUGUACUUGUAGGCGGUAUCAAUUAGAACAUUUACCUCGCGAGCAUGUAGUAGCUGCGACGAAGAAGAGUGACUAUUCAAUUUACUCGUUCUGCUCUCUGUACUAUACUGUUGAGUAUUGGAAAGUAGCUUAUAGCGAUACUAUUUUUCCCGUGCCAAAUGAAGUUGAUUGGGAAAUUUUUGAAAAUUUGGGCUACCUCAAUGUGUCGCCACCGUUAGUACGACGACGAGGUGGACGUCCUAAAACAACAAAGAUUGCGUCUAUCGGAGAGUUUCCAAAAAGACACAAAUGUAGUAGGUGUACCGCAACUGGGCACAACCGGCUAACAUAUACAAGUCAGAUACCUUUAGCCGAUAGAAGAUUAGAGGAUGAGCACAUUAUUUGUGCAUUUGAUAGCAUGUCAUUUUGA